AAACAAAGCUUUGCCCUCAAACUCGAUCCGAAAUUCUCUCGUAUAAAAAAUGGUAUACAGUUAUAACCAACUGUGCCUGAGACCGUAAACAAAUUUGCUCUCCAAUUCUGCAGAUAUUUCAACACAAAUUUUUCAAGACAAUUGCCCGACACCUGUAUAUCUAAAGCGUACAUUUUUUUGUUUUUGCUUAAAAUUUUCCAUUCCAAGGCCUACACCUUGUGAUAAUUUUAAAGGUUACUUCAAUUAUGUUUAAAAAGUUAGAACAGUUUUUGCAUCUGUAUUUUGUGAAUAUAACUGUAAUGCCGGGCAUUGACUGCAAUCAUCUGAUUUACCAAAAAUAAUGUACAAUUUUAUGUGGGAGAAUUUACAAACAUGAGGCAAGAUGAGGACACUUGAGUGGUAAGGUGAAGACAACGUUCUUUGAUGCAAUUCCCUUGAGAAGUAGACCUCUAAAUGUUUUCCACCGACACACUUUGCUUGCUCUGGACGAUUCAUGAAAGUUAUGUAUCCCUGCAGCUCUGCACAGCGUAAGCGCCUUCUCCGGCCUUGGCCCUUGACUCCUUGUGAGGCUUUGCUGUACUAGACAAUGAGCGAUACCAAGCAGUUCAAAAACUAAGAAAGUGGUCGCCAUUUCCACUCUAGCUGCCAGCAACUACAAUCACUAACAACAGGAAAGAAAAACGAAAGCUUUCUGACACUUCCAGCUGCAGUUACAGUAAUCCUGAGCUAGGGCGAGCGCCUUUGAGUGAAUGACGUAACGCAGCCGGGACCGACCGAGGAGGAGGCCGCGCGUUCUCACUAAGCAGCCUGAUUGGUCAGGCCUGAAAGACUUCGCAAACCCCGAAUGCAGGCCUUGGCUUUCGUAAGCCGAAACGACUUGGGAGAAAUUGUUUACAAAUCCCGUGCACUACAAGGACUGGAGCAACGCUUACCAGGUUAUUGCCGACAUUCUGGAGUGGGAGUCAUUCAUUAACAUAUUUUGAAGUUUCCUGUCCUUUAGCCCUGAAGAAGAGGAGGUCAUCAAACGUGAAGAAGCCAAAGAUAACAGCCAUUUUGUCUGUAAAUGAAAACGGUUAAUAAUGGAUCCAGGUGGCGGAGGCCUAGGGUUCCGAUUACAGAACUCGAAAAUGCCUCACACUUUGGUUAUGCAACAAGAUUUUGUGACUGGGGUGGGCAGUGCACACAUCGAUGGAGAUCACAUUGUGGUAUCUGUUCCUGAAGCAGUACUUGUGUCUGAUGUUACAGAUGAAGGACUCACUCUAGAACAUGGUCUCACUGCAGAGGUUGUCCAAGGACCCGAUAUUAUAAGUGAGACAGAUAUUGUAACAGAAGGAGUGAUUGAUCCAGAUACUGUAUUAGAAGCUGAUGUUACCAUUGAGGAAGAUCUGGACACCAGCCAUCAUGUGCUGACUUCAGGCCUUAUGGCAGAUGCUGUUGCGGAAUCUGAUCAAGUAUUUGUUGCUGAUCUUGUGGCUAGCGUUGAAGAAGAUCAUUUGGAACAUGUUGUACAGGACUCUGUGACUGGGGCUGAGUCACCUACUAUGGUAUCAGAGGAGGUACUUUUAGCAAGUUCUGAAUCAGAAACUGUAAUCCAGGAAGCUGAUACUGUUCCGGGAUCAACUGUCACCAUAAAAACAGAGGAUGAUGAAGAUGGAAAAAGUACAUCAGAAGAUUAUUUAAUGAUAUCAUUGGAUGAUGUUGGUGAAAAGCUGGAUCACAUUGGGAAUACACCCAUAAAGAUCAGUACCGAAGUUACCCAGGAUGACUGUUCCAAAGAUGGUGGCUUUGGAUCAGAAGUUAUCAAAGUCUACAUUUUUAAAGCUGAAGCUGAUGAUGAUGUAGAAAUAGGGGGAACUGAAGUAGUCACAGACAGUGAAUUUCAGAACGGUCAUUCAGUAGCAGGACUACUUGAACAGGGUGGUAUCGGUAGACUGCAGAGAGAUAAAAUGGUUUACAUGGCUGUUAAAGAUGCGUCUCAAGAAGAUGAAGAUAUUGAAAUAGCAGAUGAAGUUUACAUGGAAGUUAUUGUUGGUGAGGAGGAAGCAACGGCGAUCUCUGACACACAGAUCGAUGACUCUGGUAUAAAUAAGACAUUUGUCCCAGUGGCAUGGGCUGCUGCUGCUUAUGGCAAUAACCUGGACUCAAGGCUGGAGAAUAAAAAUGGCACAGCAACUCAGUACCUACAGAUUUGUGAUAACAAUGCUGCAAACAGAGCUCUUAAACAAAAGGUCAAGAGGAAAAAAAGGGGUGAGGCUCGCCAGUGGCAAACAGCAGUUAUUAUAGGUCCUGAUGGACAGCCAUUAACAGUCUACCCCUGUCAUAUCUGUGGGAAGAAGUUUAAAUCUAGGGGUUUCUUGAAGAGGCAUAUGAAGAACCACCCUGAUCACAUGAUAAAGAAGAAAUACCAGUGUACGGACUGUGACUUCACAACUAACAAAAAAGCCAGUUUCCACAAUCAUCUAGAAAGCCAUAAACUUAUUAAUAAAGUUGAAAAAACCCAUGAAUUCACAGAAUAUACCAGAAGGUACAGGGAGGCAAGUCCAAGUUCCAACAAGCUGAUUCUGAGGGACAAAGAACCUAAGCUGCAUAGAUGCAAAUACUGUGACUAUGAGACUGCUGAGCAAGGUCUGCUUAAUAGACAUCUACUUGCUGUACACAGUAAAAAUUUUCCACAUGUAUGUGUUGAAUGCGGAAAAGGAUUCAGGCAUCCUUCUGAACUUAAGAAGCACAUGAGGACCCACACUGGGGAAAAGCCGUAUCAGUGCCAGUACUGUGACUUCAGAUGUGCUGAUCAGUCAAACCUAAAAACUCACAUAAAGACAAAACAUGGUACUGACCUGCCAUAUAAAUGUGAGCACUGUCCUCAAGCAUUUGCAGAAGAAAAAGAACUACAUAGGCACACAGAAAUGUUCCAGGGGCAUAAGACUCAUCAGUGCCCACACUGCGACCACAAAAGCACCAACUCCAGUGACCUUAAACGGCACAUCAUAUCUGUUCACACUAAGGAUUUUCCUCACAAGUGUGAUGUUUGUGAUAAAGGAUUUCAUCGGCCUUCGGAACUUAAGAAACAUAGUGAAACUCAUAAAGGUAAAAAAAUUCAUCAGUGUAGACAUUGUGACUUCAAAACCUCAGAUCCUUUUGCACUUAGUGGUCACAUACUUUCAAUUCACAUCAAAGACCUUCCUUUCAAAUGCAAAAGGUGUAAGAGAGGGUUUCGUCAGCAAAAUGAACUCAAGAAGCACAUGAAGACUCAUAGUGGACGAAAGGUGUAUCAGUGCCAGUAUUGCGAAUAUAGCACUACUGAUGCCUCAGGCUUCAAACGUCAUGUAAUAUCAAUACACACAAAAGACUAUCCACAUAGAUGCGAGUACUGCAAAAAAGGAUUCCGUAGGCCAUCUGAGAAAAACCAGCAUAUAAUGAGGCACCAUAAGGAGGCUUUAAUAUAAUUUUGUGUAAUGAUUAACAAUAAUGAUUUAGGAAUAUGUAAUAAUACACUAACUAAACAACAAAAAAAUAACUGUUUCUCCUGGUUUACAACAUUUAUCUUUAUUCAUAGUUUUUCCUUCUUUGUAUUGCAAUCUCAAAAGUAUUAAUGUUGGCAGAGGCAACAAUGGGCCUUGUUGAGUAAGUUUUACAGUGGUGAAUUUAACAGGGCAACAAAACUGUAUUUCAUUCAUGUCCUGCUUAUGUUAGGGUAUUGAGAUGCUUCAAAGAAAGAAAAAAUUGGUUAAGUUUCUCAGUUUUUCACUUUAAAUGUAUUGUAUGGAAACAACAGACAUAGUUAUUCAAAACUCCCUUUUUAUAAUAGCUAUUAUGAUCAUGCCUGUCAGUACAGUUUUAGAAGGUUGCUGGCUGUCCAGUAAUGCUGUUUUUAUACUGUACUUGACAGUCAUUUUCCAGAGCAGUCAGCCUGCUGGUUGACUACCUCAUUUUUAGCUUUCAACAGUAGGAGCCUUUUUACUUUCUUUCACGAAGGUCAGUUAACAUUUUAAUAAUGUGUUUUCACAGUGGCUGCUAACCAGUUUAAUGGUAGAAAGUGUCCCAUAAAUUGUAGGACAUGUUCAGAAUACUAGGUCAACAGAUUUUAAAAUACUGGGUGCUAGAAUAUCAAAUAUGUAUGUAUAUAAUUUUGCUUUUAUUUUGCAAUAUGAUGCACUUAAACGAUGAUAAAUAAGGCACAUACAGUAAAGUAGUAGUUUGCAGUCUUGUCUUGUUGUAUAAAUGAGGAACACAUAUAAAAGAAAUGACAGAUGAAUAGUUAAAGACAAAAAGCUGUUCAAAUCUAUUCUUUAAAGUUUCUCCUUCCAGUUUUGAAACAAGAAACCCACCCCAGCGAAUGGCCAUCUAGUGUAGUGAUACAUUAAAGAAAAGGUAAAGGAUGAUUUCCCCCUAAGGCUAUCUUAGGGGAGAUGUCUGUUCUGGUGAAAUCGUUUUUUAAUAUACACAGAAAUUGCACCUUUUUGAACCCAUAAAGUUUAUGCCAUAGUAAACAUUUCAGUCAGUAAAGAAGUAUUUAUACAUUAUUUAAUCUAUGUAAAAUGCUGUCACUAGAACUGAGAAAUGGAACUCCAGUUUAUGGUGUAUACAUGUUGACAUUUGCAUCUUUUUGCAAAACAGCUUUGUGUUGGCAUGUUGCAGUAACUCAGAACUGUGCUUAAUAGAUCCAGCAGGUCCAGGGCUAUUUAAUAAAAUUGUUAUGCGUGUAUUGUAAUUUUUUUAAGUUCAUGUUUGCACACCUGUUCAUGUUGUAAAUUUUUAAGUUUGUUUUGCGAUUAUGUGGUUUUGUGUUGGUCAGACAGUGUUUUUUUUUUCUUUUUUUCUUUUUGCACCAGAUGAGAAUCAGUUUCUUGGAAGUACCAUUUUUAUACUUCUGAAUUCAGAAUAUUAAUUUUGCAACAGCUCUUACAUGAAAUAUUUGUGGCAUAUGUGGCUGUACAUGAUAUACAUGCUGUAAAAUAAGAUUGUCACUGUUAUGUGGGAUAAUUUGUAAAUGUUAACUCAUUGUUAUGAGCAUACAAUAAAAUGCAUCUCUUGCAA